AUGACCUACGACCACACUGCGUUCGACGCCUUCCAUUGGCUACCGGAGGAGAAUCCAGCCAACAUUGUCGAGAUAUCCAGCGAUGACGACAAUGACAAAAAGCCACCAGUUCUCUCAUACCCCAGACAUGUAGAUGAGACCCCAAAAGAAGUAGAGCAGACUGCAGAGGCCAAGGCCGCUUCCGCCGCGUUUCGAACGGCCAUCGGAACGAGCAUACCAUUUUACUUCACAGACAUGGCGGUGCGGCAGAAAAUACGAGCAUCCGGAAUAAGGAUGUUGGAAAUUGCGGUGAGGUCAGGUAUUGCUUUGGACGCUUUGUUCAUAGACGACAACUGUCUUCCCGGCUGGCCAUACCGGUAUUGGGACCCCGAGGUGCAAUCGCUUCAUGAGGUCAUCCAGUCGCGGCUCGCAGAAUGCCAGGACGCGCAAGAGCUCGGUUCGAGGCUGCGUGAGGCAGUUGUCCAGUUGGGUAACGACCGCAUUCAAGAAGCAAUCCUGCUCGGGCUGGAACUUGGUGACAUGUCCAUCGGCGAGGACUUGCUGCCAACGUGGGAGACUGGGGAUCAAAAUGAUACAUGGGACGAUGAAGACGAUACGAUCAUGGGUGUAGAGAGCGCCGUGGAUAGCGAGCACGUCUCGCCGCCUACUACGGACAGUGUUGAAGAGAAGGCAACUGAUGCGGCCGCCACCCAUGAACAUCAGCCACCGAGCGCAUGGAGCUCUGAUUCAGAGUCGAACGAACCCGAAUCCGAGUGCGAAUUGUAUGAUGACGAAAUCAGUCUCUUCAACUUCUUAUGCCAGCACCCAGUGAUCGAAGAAAAUGACGAGGAUGCUCCGUUGGGAAACAUUGUCCACGACGUCGACGUGGUCGGCUCAUCCUUUGACGGCAGCGGUCCCGUCGACUUUGAAGUGUACCUCGCCCAAGACGAUUCUGAUAUUGAGCAGCUGCCCGAAGUCGAGCUCGCGAUUGACGAGGACGCGUUCGCGCACCACUAUGACCUGGCGGAUGUAAUUGACUUGGAGCUUGCUGGCGGUGGGAUCUAUUGGGUGAAGCCACGGGAGGAGCAGGUAGAUAAAGAGGCACCAGAGGACGAGGAAGAAGAUGAGGAGAUGGAGGAGCUGGAAGAGCUGGAAGUGCUGGAAUGCACAAUGGAGUCACCAGAGGAGGAGGGCUCGCUGGAUGAGCCCAUGACGCCGCCGAGCGCCGCGGGUCCGGAAGCACUGGCCGGCUGGAUUGUGAUCUAG